GAAUACUCUAUGAAAUCCGAAUAGUUUUGAGCUAAAUAUUGAAAGGAUUUGUGUUCUCGUGUGCGUUUAGUGUUCAGAUUUCAACUGAGAGCAUAUGAAUUUGAAAUAAAUUCAAAUCGGCGAAUUUCAAAAAAAGAAAUUUGUAAAAAUAAUUCGAUGGCUAAUAUGGAAGAAUUAGACGGUUCUACCUCGAAUGUUAUUUAUAUCACAGAGGAGCAUAGGAUAGAAUGGACCCAUGAAGCUGCAAAAGAGUUGUUAAAACUCUAUGAUGAAAAAUGUGACAUGCUCGAUUCUGGUAUCAUAAGUACCCAAAAGAAAUUAUGGGAAUUUGUGUCUAAGGAUAUGAAUAAGAAAGGAUAUUAUUACACUGGUGCUCAAUGUGAGAAUAAGUGGAAAACAUUGAAAAGAACUUAUAGGAAUAAGAUGGACAAAAUAGACAAGUAUGGGCACAAGAGACCCUGUCCUUUUGAAAAUGAGAUAACAGAGAUUUUGAGUAAAAGGCCACAGGAAAGUACAUUUAAUCGGAGUUUCCUUUCAAGCAAACUAGGAAGGCUGAAGAAAAAAGAUGAUUUUUAUUAUCAAAUGAAUUUGAAUGACCCACCUGGUUUUAGUGAUGAUGGUGAAUCGCAAGAUAUUAAAAAUGUCAAACUAGUUCAAAACGCCGACACUACUGACGAAGACUUUCUUCAAAAUACAGAGUACGUAGUACAAGAUUCAGGUUCUUCCCAAAUAGUGGAGGAAAUAUCAGAAUUAAGAAAAGUUGUAACAAAACAGAAUAAAGUCCAAUCAGAUAUAUUGAGACAAUCGAAUGAGUUGAAUCAGAAGAUCGUCCAUUAUUUGGAUGGAGCGACGCAGAGAGAGUGCCAGACUUUAGAAUUAGAAGAGACCAGGAUGGAACAACAGAAUGAAAUUAUUAAGCAAAUGAAGUUACAGAAUAAUUUGUUGCAGAAGUUGCUGGAUAAGUUAGGGUGACUGACGCUGAUGUUUAAUUUCUAGUUUAAUAUGAAUUAUGUUGAUUUAUUUGAGGAUAUUAUUGAAAAAUAAAAAUAAAUGUUUAAAUUAAAUAUUAAAAAAAUCUCAUUUGGUAACCUUAUUUAAAAUAAUUCCAUCGAGUUUUCUAGAUGGAGCAAUAUGUACAAUCAUUAGUAAUAUUUUUGUUCUCAAGCCAUUUCAGUGUUUUUUUUCUGUUCUCAUACCAGUUUCAGUGUUAAUAUUAUUUAAAUCUACGCAAAUAAACAAACAAUUACUCACGCAGUUUUUAUUUUAAAGUAUACAUAAAGAAUAUAUAAAAGUAUAAAAAAAUUAUUUCUUAGAAAAAAGCGUCCUGUUUUUCGUAAAUGGUAUUAUUGCUAUAAAAAAUCCUGAAAUUACUAUCCAAAAAGAUGCUUGGUAGAACGACUGCUCCCAAGAGUGGGUCAAAUCGAAAAUCCAACCUAA